AUGACGUCCAAUAACUUGAUUGAUGUUGAUGACUUGUUGACUACACCGAAUGAUCAGUCACAGGCACCUCAACAAACAUAUAACUUUACUGAUGAUACUGCUGAAGCAAUGAAGAACCAACAACAACAACAGACACAGCAAACACAACAACAACAACAACAAACAUCACCUUCGUCACAAACAUCACAGACAUCACAGACAUCACCAGCGUCAUCUUCAACAACAGAGAACAUAAAGUAUAGACUGUUGUUUGAAUACAAGAAACUAUCAGAGAUAAUGAUACGUGGACUAUAUGUUAUACCAUCGACCAACUCAUUGUUUGAAUGGCAUUGCGUACUGUUUGUGAGGAAUAGAAUAUACAGAUCAUCAGUGAUCAGGUUUGUUGUUAUCAUACCAGACGACUUCCCAGAUGCAUGCCCAGCUGUCAAGUUCCAAACACCAGUCUUCCAUCCACUGAUAGGAAUGGACGGUGAGAUAGAUCUGUCACAUCACUUCCACGAUUGGAGCGCCGACAAGCAUCUGAUUGCUCACGUCCUCUGUUACAUCAAGUCUAUAUUUCACAAUCCUGAUCGCUUCGAAUACCCUCCACUCAAUGCAGAGGCAAGCAGACUAAUGAAGGAGGACUAUGAGGAGUUCUUGAGAAGGGUAUCACACUUUGUAAAGCUAUCGAUCGACAACAUAUAUGAGAACCCGCAGCAUACACCGAUUGUAUUCUCGCCAGUGGAGGAGUGGCCAGACAAGCAGCAACUGGAGAACACUAGGAACACUGUAUUGAAGAAGGAGGUUGGCAUCCUGGACAAUCCAAGGGUUCGACAGGUGCUCAGCUUCUUCUCCAAGUAA